AAUCCGCAGAAGUGGGAGCAGUCUCUGGUCAUCCCCUGCACUGUCUGCAGUCUCUGGUCAUCUGUACUGUGUCCCUGGUAUUUUCCCUGUACUGCGUCCGCAGUCUCUGGUCAUCUCCUGUACUGCGUCCGCAGUCUCUGGUCAUCUCCUGUACUGCGUCCGCAGUCUCUGGUCAUCUCCUGUACUGCGUCCGCAGUCUCUGGUCAUCUCCUGUACUGCGUCCGCAGUCUCUGGUCAUCCCUGUACUGCGUCCGCAGUCUCUGGUCAUCCCCUGUACUGCGUCCGCAGUCUCUGGUCAUCCCUGUACUGCGUCCGCAGUCUCUGGUCAUCCCCUGUACUGCGUCCGCAGUCUCUGGUCAUCCCCUGUACUGCGUCCGCAGUCUCUGGUCAUCUCCUGUACUGCGUCCGCAGUCUCUGGUCAUCUCCUGUACUGCGUCCGCAGUCUCUGGUCAUCCCCUGUACUGCGUCCGCAGUCUCUGGUCAUCCCUGUACUGCGUCCGCAGUCUCUGGUCAUCCCUGUACUGCGUCCGCAGUCUCUGGUCAUCCCCU